GACGUUAAAGUCAUGUGAUGUGGUCACUGAAAGGUGGGACCAUUUCCCAGAGGACCCCACGUGUCAGUGACCUUACUCUCUCCUCUGCUUCGAGUCGAGUCCUCCCAUCCCAUUCGCGACAGGAAAAGGAGAAGGAUUAUCGAAGGCCAACUUGGGACUAGCCCGCUAGAGCCGGCCCAUACACUCGAACUCAGCCCAUCCUAGCCCAGCCCAGCCCAUACUAGGCCAGCCCAGACCAGACCAGCCCAUACUAGCCCAGCCCAGACCAGCCCAUCCUAGCCCAUACCAGCCCAGCCCAGCCCAGAGUGUCCAGGUUGGAUUGGUGUUGGUGAGGGCCAGCCACGCUGUCGCCAGCCUUCCUCUCUAUUUUUUGUCCCCCCGGAGAAUCAGUUGGUGGCGAACUUGCUACGCCGCCGACGGCGAAAGAGGAGUUGGUUGCUCCACCGUGUUUCGCUUCUCCUGUCGCUGGCCCGUACGGAUUGUGGUCUGGUGUGUACAGGGCGCCAGCCUCCUCGCUCUCCCCGGUCGAUCCCCAUGGCGUACCGCCGGAAGCAGGGCCCCGCCGACGAUCGCCGGAGCUCCUAUCCCCAGGAUUCUGCUUCAUCAUACAGUUACACAUCGAUUAAAAGCGUAAACGAACCCAAGCUUGGAUUGUGGGAAACUUUGGCAAGGAAAGCCAAGGGAAUUCUUGAUGAGGACCGUGUGGCGCAUAAGUUUGAGGACUUCAGAAAAGACCAGCCCCGUAGUAACACUGGUUCAUCCAAUGGAACUCAGGCUCCUCAAUCUCGUUGGUCAUUUGAAAACAACUGGAAAACAGGAGAGGCUGCAUCUCAAAUCAGGCCGGAGGCUCUUUCUGCUUCUGUCAACCAACUUAGUGGAAGAAUCAGAAAUGCUUUGGAAGAAGGACUCACAAUUGUGGAUAAUAAGACAUCCAGUAUUAUUGAGGAAACAAAGAAAAUUCAAAUUAGAAGGAAGCCUGCUAGUUCAAGUUCUUAUAUGCCGAAUUCAGUAGUAGAUACACUCAGCACUCCUAAUCUCUCAUUGGAUCAAGCUGAAUCUGCAGCCCAAGAGACUCAAUUGAAAGCUUCUCGCAAUGUUGCUAAUGCAAUGUCUGCUAAAGCAAAACUACUACUCCGUGAACUAAAAUCUGUUAAAGCUGAUCUAGCUUUUGCAAAGCAGAGAUGUGCUCAGCUAGAAGACGAGAACAAGAUCUUGCGAGAAACAAAGCAGAAAGGGAGCAAAACUGAAGAGGAUGACGAGUUGAUUCGUGUGCAGCUGGAGACAUUACUGUCCGAGAAAUCAAGGCUGGCACAGGAAAAUUCCACAUAUGCCCGUGAAAACCGCUUCCUGCGCGAGAUAGUAGAGUUUCAUCAAUUCACCACCAAUGACGUUGUCUCCUUGGAUGAUGGCGACGUGGAAGACGGUGACCCAGAAGAGGACAUCAAUCUCAUCUACACUGGAAAUAUGUUAGCUGUGAUUGAAGAAAAUUCAGCUCAUGAAGAACUCUCCCAUGUUCCCUCCAGGCCAGAAUCACCAAACCUCAGCCCAACUGAACAAUCAUCCCCCGAAUCCAGCAAUUCUUGUAGUGUUGCUGGUUCACCGAAUAACGCCUCAAAGCCAAAUGCAUCAGCAUCUGACACAGCUUGACGCAUGUGACUUGCCGUCUUGUUUGGGAUUUCAACUGGUUUGGUUUUAAAGUUUGUGUGCAUAAAUUUUUGUCCAUUCUUUGUCCACACCGGUUUCCUGCUGUUAUGUAGAUACAUGUUUCUGAUUUUGUAUAAAGUGCAUAGCUUGGUUUCCAAGCCAGGUUUUGAUGAAACUGACUCGUGUGAUUAGGGAGAGCAUAUGGUUUGAUUCGCAUGUAAAUAUUUGUGAAUUUGACUGUUGUGAAUAGAUAAAAUGAAGAGCACUUUGAGUGGGUGUA